UUUGCAGCGAACGAGCGGCUAAGCAAACUAACGGCUAACGGCAAACGGUAAACGCGACGCCUAACGGUAUCAAGUAAGCCACAAAGAGGACAGGCCACGCAGCGGGCUGAGCUCCAUUUGAAGCGUUAACUGCUAGGCAGUAACUCGACAUCAAGGCUGAGGCCACGGCGGGUGACCGACGGAAUUCCUCGUAACAUCAUGACAGGCGCCAAGUGGGGCACCGUUACAAAGCAGACGCCACAAAAAUAGAAGUGGCAACGAGUUGACAAUGCUGCCCGAGAUCACGCUGCAGAUGCCACCAUCCCAGUGCCGUAGCGGUCUAGUGCUGGUCGUUUGUCUAGACCAGCUGAUGCCAAAGAACCCGUUAGCAUGUGCCUCGCUGCACCCGCCAUCCGGCCCACUGAUGACAACAAAGAAGCAGUCAGUUGAGAAACCGUUGGCGUGUCGACUUAAGCGCUGUUCGCCUCCGCCUUGUUUUAUUUUACUCAUCUCACUUCUGGAGCUGGUCGUGUUUUUAUGCGUGGGCUCAACACCGCCGGAAGAUUCCCUGCUCAUCUACCGCCCGGAUCGCCGCCUGCAGCUCUGGCGCUUCCUUAGCUACAUGCUACUCCAUGCCAAUUGGAUGCACCUUGGCUUCAACAUAAUCAUUCAGCUGUUCUAUGGCUUACCUUUAGAGCUUCAGCAUGGCUCCGGACGCACGGCUGUUGUCUAUGUAGCUGGAGUGCUGGCCGGAUCACUGGGCACCAGCGUUGUGGACUCCACGGUAUAUCUGGUGGGUGCUAGUGGAGGCGUCUAUGCUCUGUUGGGUGCUCAGUUGGCGAAUAUGCUGCUCAAUUUUGGCCAUUUACGACAUAGACUUGCUCAGAUGCUGGCAAUCAUAAUAUUUGUGUCAUGCGAUAUGGGUUAUGCACUCUACAGCAGGCAACAACAAACGGCUUUGGUCGGGCUAGUGCCAACAGCUUCGCCACCGAUCUCUGUGUCCUACAUAGCACACAUGACCGGAGCCUUGGCAGGACUGAGCGUGGGCUUGCUGCUUCUCCGUCAACUGGAUGGGAGUCUUCGACCGCGACUGUUGCGUUGGCUAGCGUUGGGUGUGUGGACGACCUUUAGUGGAUUUGCAUUCGCCUUUAACUUGGUCAAUACUGUGACUGCUCAGUUGCUGGCUGAAGAGGAGGGGGACGUGAUAAGGAAGCAUCUGUUCCACGAUCUGGGCAUGAAAGGCUGAGAUUAGAUGCGCUUUCUCCCCAGAUUAAUCUAAAUCUAGUCGAUAGCUUGUAACGCAUUCCAGGAUAAUGUGCUCAAAAAAAUAACACCAGGAACUUGUCUAGAGGG